ACCCAUAUAAUAAUACUCAUCAACACCAAAAACACAACACACACUUAGAAAAAAUGGAAGAAGAAAAGAGAUUGGAGCUAAGGCUAGCUCCUCCUUGUCACCAAUUCACUUCCAACAACAACAUCAAUGGAUCUAAACAAAAAAGCUCUACCAAAGAUACAUCAUUCGUUUCCAAUAACAGGGUUGAGGUAGCUCCAGUGGUGGGAUGGCCACCGGUGAGAUCAUCCCGGCGAAACCUAUCGGCGCAGCUAAAGGAGGAGAUGAAGAAGAGAGAGAGUGAUGAAGAGAAAGAGUUUUACGUUAAGAUCAACAUGGAAGGAGUUCUCAUAGGAAGAAAAGUCAACCUUUCAGCUUAUAACAACUACCAACAGCUUUCACAUGCCGUUGACCAACUCUUCUCUAAGAAAGAUUCGUGGGAUCUAAACAGACAAUACACUUUGGUCUACGAAGACACUGAAGGAGAUAAAGUUCUGGUCGGAGAUGUUCCUUGGGAGAUGUUUGUAUCGACCGUGAAGAGGUUACACGUUUUAAAAACCUCCAACGCCUUCUCGCUCUCACCUAAAAAACAUGGCAAAGGAAUAGAGUGAGGCUCGAUAAAAUCAUCAGUUGGAUGAAUUGUUUUUAAUGUAAUUUUUGUGGAAACUAAUGGGGUUUGGCUUGAUUUACUGGUUUUCUUUUUUACUAUGUUGUAGGUUUUUGCUUGCUACGUUUUUGUGUUGUUGUUGUAAAUAUGAUGUUCGUUUAAGUAAUCGGGGUUUAUUAUGUUAUCGUGUGUAUAUAAAUAGUGUACGCACGU